AACGUUUUCGGUUGUUGGCGAGUUUUUUUUCUUUUUAUUCUUUUACUCGUGUUUAUUUUAUAUUUGCCUACUUAUUUGAUAGGCGUAUGCGUUUGUUAGGAAAUGUGAUAUAUUGCGUGGGGGCAACAGGCAGGAAAGAAGCUUUGAAAGAAUCCGGAUAUGAUGAAAAGUUCUCGGCUCUCCUCUCAAGGGGGAGGGAAAAAAAAGAAAAAAGAAAAAAGAAAAGAAAGUUUGAGACGUCAAACACAUCUGCGUUAAGUCAAACUUUUUGGACACUGCAGCCGCACGACUUGUCUGGAAAAGUUUGCGGUUAUUGGUCGUCGUUAUUUUCGCCUCCUUGCGGCGUCGGGUAAAGAAAGAUGGGACCGCGUCAGAUUCCAAGCGAAGGAGGUGACAUGUUGUGAAAGCCAGAUGAAGUGGCUUUCCUCCCACCGCUAAAGAACAACUACACAGCGGAUACACAUGUCCACGGAGACCAGCGAGCCUCCCCUUGGGCCAGCGGGGCCAGACAGGAGCCCCCAGCCGGGGACGAGCUCCCCUUUGCUGCCCCUCGCUCACGAUGCCUGUGACUCUGAAGCGUCAGGACCAUCUUCCAGUCAUGUGACCCAGGAGGACCACUGCGAGCCAAUAAAAAGUCAACCUCAGAUUGAAAAAGGACGAAAUGGCGUCCGGCUUACCAACCCCGGCACACCCGUCGACCUCAAUGCCAUCCGACCUGGUGCUAGUAGUGCGAGAACAACGUGCAAAUGUUCAUGUGCAAACGCCAUCGGCUCCGGCGCCACAGGAGGCUCCGCCCGUGGCACGAGAGCGCCGACUGCGGAGUCGCUGUCCACGCCGGUUUCGCAGAGGAUGCAGCGGAAGUUGAGGUCCAGCCUGUCAGUCAAUAGCGAAAGCAGCCGACGCAGCAAAGGAAGCUCUACCGGGUCGCCAAGACUGCCUUUACCAGAAGACUGCUGCGUGCACUGCAUCCUGGCGUGCCUCUUCUGCGAGUUCCUGACGCUUUGCAACCUGGUGGUGGCGCCGGCGUCGUGCGGCCCUUGUGCGUCCGAGUCGUGCUGCUGCUGCUGCUGCACUGAGGACAUGGGCGACGACUGCAACUGCCCCUGCGACAUGGACUGCGGCAUCAUGGACGCCUGCUGCGAGUCGUCGGACUGUUUGGAAAUCUGCAUGGAGUGCUGCGGCAUCUGCUUCCCCUCGUAGGGAUGCUUUGGCCUCACCUUUUUGGAUAACUGGAGCCUGUAUGGAUAACUGGUUCAGCAAUGGGGGGGGGGGGGGGGGACUUUUAUUUUUAAUGUGCGAUACCUCCUGACUGUUUGUAGUUUGAGUGUGUGUACUUUUGAAAAUGCUUACUGACACUGGGUUCCUUCAACAAAAGUAGAAGUAACUCCAGAUUAACUUUGGUGAUUUUUCAUGUAAACAGUCUGUAUGUCAUAUGAAUAUAUUUCCAUUAAAUUAAGAAUCUCUAGCUCAGUGAUUUUGAAACUGGUUCCCAGACCCCCGGUUUCAGCAAGCGGUAGCUUAGGGGUCUGCAAAAUAAUUUGCAUUAAAUUGUGUCGUAUCAUUAAAAGAAAACAAAAAUAUAUAUGCUUACACAGCGCUGGUGUCUGGUGGAAACCACAUCUCCAAAACCAUCACUUUUUCAGGGGACCCCCCCCCCCCCAAAAAAAAAUAAAAAUAAACAAUACGUUCUUUGAGCCAUUAAAUUUGCGUCGUCAAAGAGAGCAAGUUAUUUUCAACACUUAAGAUUGGUCAAUAGUAUCGAUUUGUGAAAAAAUAUGUAAUUGACCAAAUUUGGACAUGGGCCUGACACCAGUGAUAUGUGGAUGGGCGUGCCAAUAAAACAAACAUACUAAACCAUUUAUUGCUCCCUAGCUUAGCAUUGGGCCAAUUAAAGCUCAGAUAGGAUUGGUGAUUGUGAUUUAGCUGCACAAUUCUGACAUUCCUGCAUGAAUCAAUAUAUAUUUUUUUAAGAUAAAAGGGCGUAUUAGAGGUAAAAUCCUGUUUUCUGAACAAAAGUCGUGUUAUGAAAACAAGGCAUACUUUUUUGAGAAUAUAGUCCUGUUUAUUUUCUUAAAGAAUAAGUCCAAACAUGAGAAUAAAGUUUGUAUUUUUUUGAUACAUAGUUGUUAAACUAUGACUUUCUUACCUCUUUAAACUUUGACUUUCAUAUUCCAAUACAAAUAUAUUUUGGAAAAAUACUUUAUUCUCAUAAGCUUGCUACUUCAAUUCUUGAAAGAAAAUAAAAUGAUUUACUAUAUAUAUAUAUACAUAUAUAUAUAUAUACAUAUAUAUAUAUAUAUGUAUAUAUAUAUAUUUUUUUUUUAGUUACCGUAGAAUUUCAACUUAUUUUCAUCAGUCAACUUUUCUUGACCCGCUUAUGUUCCGUCUAUUGCUCCCUAAGUACGAAAACACUGUAAAAUAAGACAUCUCAGUUUUAUGUACACAAAUCUACUGUCGUGCUGCACAGGAAUUUCAGGAAGGCGUUGAUCAGGAAUUAGAAACUCCGAAACCCUAGUUGCCAUGUCAGCGCCGUUGCUCGGUCUUGACUCGCAACAAAGCAAUCGUUAACUGUUGCAUUGCUUUGGUAAAUUAAUGAGGCAAGAGAUACUUUGUGGUGAAUUUUCAAGCGCUUGCUUUGAUGCUCUUUCAGGGACGCUUGCUCGUUACUGGCCCUCGUUAGCAUCACUUGCUAACCGGUAGCAAAUUGUCACUUGCUAAUGUCAACAAAGAUAUUGUGCCAUCGUGUGCAGGUCAUCACUGCAAUGUGGAGAGAUUCAAAUAUAGAUGUAACUUUUUACAAAAUUCCUUUGAAUUUACUUUUUCUUCAAUCAUUUAGUUCAUUUUGCUCAACUUGAAGUGUUGGGAAAAAAACAAUGUGAAGAUCUUGUAUCGAUAAGAAAUAAGCCAGUAGCUAAAUAAAUCCUUUAUUUUAAUACUCCAAUUUUCAAGCUUUGCAAUUUUGUGUUAAUGCAUUUUUUUUACUCCUGUAAGUUGCUCAUGUGUUUGGUGUUGUACACCAUUUCAGAAUGUAAGUUAGAAAAUGAUGUGAAUUGUUGGUUAAUGGGUGUUGGAAUGACAGCAAAUCACUGACUUUGCUCUAGCUUGUUAGAAAGGAACAUCCAGUUCUGUUCAUUUAAACAAUACUUUAGGAAAUAGCGCCCUCAGUGACCUUCAGCCGACACCACCCCGUUAACCCUUCAUUUAACAUGGACACCUUUUUCAUUUUCUGUCUGGAUUCAUUCAGGCUGCUGGAAUUUCUCAUCUUAAAAAACUAACAGAAGUUCUGCGAUCAGUUCUUCUUCCACUUUAUUCCACAAUCAGUGAAAAAAGGGGGGGAUAAAAAAAACAACCUUCAGGUCGUGUGGGUGUGCGUUGACCUUUUCACAAAGUCGCCCACCUUUUCACUCCUUGCAAUCAAUCCUUCUCUGAUCGUCCGCCCUGGUUGUAAUGCGACAAUUAGAACGGGCUCCUUUGUUUCCGUUUGCUGUCAAGGGGUGACUAAAAUAAUCACCUGUCUGAUGCCAAAGUAAUUUCUCAUUCUACAAUAUGAACUAAAUGACUGUCCAGCCAUUCUUUCCUUCUCAUUUUCAAUAAAGAAAUGAUUCUCCUGCUUUUGGCCAUGAAAACAAA